AAAAAAAAGAAGAAGAAGAAGAAAAGGUAGAAUGGUUGAUUCAUUGUACCCUAUGUGCGGUGAAUCCAGAUUCGAGAUUCCCCACUUUUCUGUCUGACUUCUUCUUGUACUUCUGAGGCUCCUCUGUCCUUCUUCCCCUCCAAUGUUCUCUGUGAUUGCGACUCCCACUACCACUUAUCUCACAAACUCACUACCAUUAAUAUCUAAUCUGAAAGCUGCUGUGAGCCCCCUGCAGAUAGUGGAGAUCAUCACUGAUUAUUCUUCUCACUACCCUUCAAGAGGUUUGAACUUAAAAGCCAUUAGAAACCAAGAGAGAAGUUCAUCAAGGCAUCCGAGCAUUGCAGAAAUGGAAAGCAGUGGAAAGCAUGCAGCAGAAAGGUAUGCGGUGGUUACAGGGUCAAACAGGGGCAUUGGUCUUGAAACUGUGCGGCAACUUGCAUCUCAAGGUGUGAAAGUUGUUUUGACAGCUCGAAAUGAGAAGAGGGGGAUGGAGGCUUUGCAGUCGCUCCAUGAGUCGGGUUUGACGAAUGUAGUCUUCCAUCAGCUCGAUGUUUUGGACCCAGUUAGCAUCAACUCCUUGGCCAAUUUCAUCCAGGAAAAAUUUGGCAGGCUUGAUAUCUUGGUUAAUAAUGCUGGUGUUUCUGGGGUUGUGGUUGAUGAAGAAGGCCUAAAGGCCUUAAACAUAGACCCCUCAGCCUGGCUCUCAGGGGAGGCUUACAAGUUGAUUGAACUUCACGGAGUGAUUAAAACAAAUUAUGAGAAAGCAGAAGAAUGCUUGAAUAUUAAUUACUAUGGUGUGAAAAGAGUAACAGAGGCUCUACUGCCACUAUUACAGCUUUCCCCUGCUGGUGCAAGGAUAGUAAAUGUUUCCUCUCUCAGGAGUGAGCUAAAGAGGAUACCUGGUGAGCAUAUAAGAAAAGAACUAAGCGACAUGGAGUCUCUAACCGAAGAAAGAGUGGAAGUGGUUUUAACAAGAUUUUUGCAUGACUUGAAAGAAAAUGCACUUGAGGACAAUGGAUGGACAUUGAUGCUACCUGCUUAUAGCAUCUCCAAGGUCACCCUCAAUGCCUACACUAGAAUUCUGGCCAAGAAGUUCCCUAACAUGUGUAUCAACUGUGUUCAUCCUGGCUAUGUCAAGACAGAUAUAAACUGGAAUACAGGGAUAAUGACUGUAGAAGAAGGAGCUAGAGGUCCAGUUAUGCUGGCUCUUUUACCUGAUGGAGGACCUAAUGGCUGCUAUUUUGAUCGUACUGAAGUGGCUGAGUUUUGAUUCAGCUGACAGUCAAGAUUUAACUUCUGCUACUUGUUCUAUGGAACUACAACUUUAUGCUUCAAAGUAAAGAUUUUGCAUAAGAACUACCUUCAUUUUUUCUUUAUGUUGGUAAAGAAUGAGAUUGCUUUGGUUUUAUCAUUGAAAAACAAGAAAUGCAUAUCACUCAUUUUCUUACUA